UUUUCAUGAGAAUCCAGUCUUCUUAUCGUGUGCCCAACUUAUGAUAACCUCAGUCUUAUCAUUUGUGGUUCCAUUGAGAGAUCUGGCUUGGUUUGAUCCAAGAUACAUCUGUUUGUUUUCCUGGCUGUCCACGGUGUCCUUAAAAGUGUCAUCCAGCACUACAGUUCAAAGGAAUGUGUUCUUUCUCAACCGUUUCUUCAGUGUCCAGCUUUGUCAUCCAUAUAGUGUAGCCGAAUAUAUAAUUGCUUCAAAAAUUCAAAUCUUUGUUGUUGUGGAACGAACACUGUGGUACUCGUGAAGGGGCACAUCAUCUACUACCACCCACAGUGAAGACUAAGUAUGAGCUGCAUGCACAGCCACAGUGCUGUGUGAUACUGGUGAAGAGGGGAAAAAAAAUCAUACACAGGGAAGUUGCUCAGUAUGUGACAGAAAUCCUCUUUAAGUUACAAAGUUUUGUGUGAAGAGCUGAGCCAUGCCUUUUGUUGAACUGUGGGAGGAGUAGUCACAUGGACAAAAUGCAGGACUCAAAGGUAUUGUCAGGGAUGAAUUACUCACGGACUCAACGUUACCGCCCAGCAUCUGAGUUUGAUGAUGCCACGCUUGCCCGAAAGAGGGAAUACUGGAGAAAAAAGAAACGGGAACAGAGAGCAAAGCUUUCUGCACUCAAGAAAGAGAACCGUGAUGUGGGAAACCCUACUGUCUUCACAUCUGUGCUGGCUGCUUCAGCAGAUCCCAUCAAAAACAUAAUGUUCAUUCCUAGACUCUCCCCUGCACAUACAGUGGAAGACAGCCAAGGCUUUGUCACAACAUAUGAUGAUUUAGUGGAACCCACUUUGCUUAAUAGUGAUGGGUCCUACCAGACAGCAAGUAAUAGUCCUCCAAAUUUGUUCAUGAACACCUCUUUUUCUGUUGUGUCAGAAGAACAUAAGGGAUCAGACAUUUCCCUUGGUGAAAUACAGAGAGACUGGAAGGAUACUGAUGUCAUGACAUCAGUUUCUGCAGAGCAGGUGGUUCAACAUCACAGUUGGCCUUUAGAAAAUGGUCACUUAACCAUACCUAACCAAACUGACAGAUGGUGUCAGAGGGAGAAGCUCCAGAAAGUAUUGCCACAGUUCCCCGAAGCUUGUUCUGAAUCAAUAAAUGAUCCAAGUAGCACUGAUGUUGGCAAGGAAGUGGUCAAGUGCUUGACGGAGGUUGUUAAAGAUGGGACUUUUUCUCCAGCCAAAACUAAUGGAACAUUGUUCAAUAGUUGCUCCCAAGUGCCUGCUGCUCAAAUGCAACCACAGUCAAACAGUUCCUUUCAGUGCCACAUUCAGAAUGAUACAGCCUUUCUCAAUGGCAGCUCCUCAGUAGCCUUGUCUGAGCAUCAUGCUGAGCCUCAUACAGCAUCAGGGCAAUGUAGCAACAAGACAACACAAGUGAACAUUCAGCCCAGGGCUGCAUCCUUCAGAUCAGUGACAGCUAGUGUUUCCACAGAAGGGAAGAUAAGUGGGGAUCCCUCUGGCCCAGUCACAAAUCAGACAUCAAGAUCUAGAAGCACAAACAUAAUGCCGAUUGUGGGGAAAAAAAGCAUCUGUGUCAGAAAGAUCUCAAAAUCUCUAGGGCCCAGGCAAACUAAUGGAAAAAGAGCAACUUUGGAGACUGAGGAGGAGAAAGCAGCCAGGCAAAGGGAGUAUUGGCGGAUUAAAAAGAGAGAGCAAAGGGCAAAGCUAGCAGCUAGUCGGGAAAAAACCAGAGAAAAGACUAAGACAAUAGCCACAAUCUUGCUGAAAACGGAACACUCUUCCUGUAUAGUUGAGCGUCCGCCUUCUGCUUGGUCCAAAGAGCGGCAGAGACAUUCUGCACAUCGUGCUAGGACUCCUCUUACUCCAGUAAGUCUCCAGAGAGCUUCACAACUGCUUAAGAAUGCCAAAGCAGUAGCUGUGUCUUGUUCUGCUCCAAGAUAUUCCAGCAUUGUCGUCCAGGCAGCACCAUCUCAUUCAAUUCCAAUUUCGGGCAAACUACCCACAUCUAACAACAAUCAACUAGAAGUCUCCACAAAAACUGAAAAGUUGUGUGAGAGUACAAAUUUAAAGGGUGUGUCUGCUGCCCGUACCACACGGUCUUCUGUAAAGUUAGGUGCAAGUCUUGCACAUGAGGCUCCUAUGCAGAUUUCAGAAGCUUCUCUUUACACUCAAAAGCUGCAAGAUGGUGGUGGUCGUUGGGGAAUUGUUCGUUCCAAAACACAGAGACCGAGGUUUCUUAAUAUUCAGGCGAGUAUGAGUCAAAGGAGUACAGUGAAAUUCUCCCCUGCUGUAUCCUUAAUGCCCAUACACGCCCAGAGGAGAAAUACAGAGGAAACUAUGGAAGAGAAAAUGGCCAGAAAGCGAGAAUAUUGGCGAAUUAAAAAGCGUGAGCAAAGGGCCAAGCUCUCUGCAGAAGUGAAGGCCAAAAUGAAGGAGAGGGAUGCUGUGAUGAGACGAGUGAAACGUUAUCAGAGUAUUUUAGAGGAGAUGCGCAAGGCCCGAGCUGGAACAGAAGUAGGAGAUAAAGCGCUGCAACCUCAAGGAAAUUUGCUCACUGGAGACACAGAUGCCAUUGGGGGUUUUAUAAAGGAGGACGGCACAGUGACCACAGAGAUUUCACAAGUGGCCAAAGACCUCAGGCUGUCAGAACCAGAAACAAUGUCUGAAAUCCAAUCACUUGGUAGUGUGCGACUCACAAGUGAUGUUUCUACCAGCGUGGGCUUAAUUAGGCGAGUGCAGGUGAAUGUACCACCUGCAUUUGACAGUACCUCUCAGGCGAGGAACUCCAGUCAGCUCACUGUUACGUCACCCCUGGAGCCCCCAAAGCUUGUCCACAGUAGAGUCAAGCCAUUGUUUCGCAACAUUGAAAAAAACAUUCAGUACUCUUCAGGUCUUCCCAAAACUCGUGUGUCUUUCAGGCACCCUCAAACUGUCCGAAACACUUACCCAAAAAUUACUUUGGUCAAGCCAAGAUCAAACUCACCACAGAUUACAAAGGCUGUGGAAAGCUGUUCACCUGUUGGUAUCAAGGAAAGCUCAGAGCUCACAGUAAGUCCUUUGGGCCCCAGGGCUUCUGUUGCAGUACCCAGACAGAAUGUGCAGCUAACUGACGAAGAAAGGAUGGCAAAGAAACGAGAAUACUGGAGGAUAAAGAAAAGGGAGCAAAGAGCAAAGUUUUCAGCUCGAAGAAGUCAAGCAUUAUCACAUUUCAAGCACAGCACACCCUCAGUAAGGCAACUAAACCUGAAGCCAGUUUUAAGUCGCCGUACAACAGCACUGGCUUUGAGCAAAAGAUCUUCAACCAGCACUCCUUUAAGGAAGUUAGAUACACAGUCUUCCAUUCCCUCUCAGGGAAAUGUCAAACAGGAGAACGACUUUACCCUUGCGGGUGAUGAUCAGUGUCCUUCUGCAGAUCGCCCGUUAAGUGAGGAUGUCAAACCCCUUUUACCACCUCCACAGCAGCAGGUGGAAUCUGACCCAGAGCUAAGUAUGGACACCCAGGAAACUACUCUUCUCGCUGUAGCCUCUAUGAAGAAACUCCUGGAAGAAUCCCUGAGCACUGUGCGUGAUUCUAAUUGCUUUUCAUCCUGCAAUGGCGAGGAGCUCCCCUGUAAAAGUGAGGUGAAUGUCCCUGAUCUGGAUAUCAAACCGAACCUGCCUUGUUUCUUGUCAGCAGUUAACAAGGCUAGCCCCUCAGCAGAGACAGAACAUGAUCCAACCUUCAGCAAAGAGUCCCCCAAAGUCAGAGACUGGGACCCUGAGGUGGACAAGAGUGUAGACUCUUUACCUUGUCAGACACUCCCUGAAGUAUCUUCCAGCUUUCAUUCAUGUUUGCCCGAUCAUAUGAGUUAUCAUGAAUCAUCUACAACACCUUCUACAAGUCAGGCUUUCUCACCCACAGAGUCUUGCAGUGAAACUUCUACUCAAACUCCUACUUCCAAUGACAUGAACCCCCCCUCUAUUAAGCCCCUCCCCUCCCAAAGGGUUCUAAGGCCGAAUUUGAAAAGGCCACGUCAGCGUUACUCCCCAGAGCCCUCCAGAAAGGUACAAAUUGCAUCUCGGCCUGAUGAGGAUGUCCUUCAGAAAAAGAGGGAGUACUGGCGGGUGAUGAAGAGGGAACAGAGGGCUAGGAAAGCAGCACGGGAGAAGGAGAUAAAGAAGCAGACAGAAGGAGCCAUGAAGAACAUAAAAAUUACUAACCAGACAUCCAUGCCAUUGGAAGAACACCCACACUGGAGUAAGAAGGACCGCUGCAGGGGCAGGAAGAGGGAGCAGAUGGGCAGUAAGGUGGCACAGAGUGAAGUAAUGAGGGAAACGGGGGCUGCUCGGGGCUGUAAACCCCUCCUCCCUGCCAAAGUAUCACGUGAAACACUAGCACAUCAGGAGCCAAAGCAGAGACCAGAGGUCAGAGGCAUCCAGUCUACUCCUCUCCAAUGUGUUCUCCCCUCUGCUGGCAAUACCCUAACCUGCCUUCAGGGUAUCCCCACCCUCCCUACCCUUCUGGUAGUGAGCUCCACCUCCUGCAGCACAAACCUGUCAACUGGCAGUCUCCAUGUCCAGACCAGCGUCACACAAACAAGCCCAGUAAAAGACGAGAAGCGAGAAGAAGCAACCUCUGACCCUCUGGAGCCUUCAAAGCCAAUACUGUCUCCAGCACAGCUGGAGGAAGACCUCCGCCGCAAGAAGAGGGAGUACUGGAGAGGGCGGAAGAGGGAGCAGAGAGCCAGGAAGGCUGCACGGGACAGAGAGAUGAAGCAGACAUCCAGGGUUUCCCAGCCCAACCUUCCUGUCAGAGUAGAACCUAAAAAGGUGGAACAGCAGGAGCAUCAGUCCAACCAAUGGUUAAACUGCGGAGAAGAGGCUGCUUUACUUCACAGCCCCUCCAGCGUGACUGACCUUGGGCUCCUGCCUCAACUGUGCCAGACUGGAGGAGUGAAAGGUAAAGUCGAGAUGGACCUCAUAGGCAAAGAUGAGGAGGUAGAGGAGGAAGGGCACAUGGGUUUGGCUGCCUCAGCAGCCACCUGGAAGAGCCACUUCCUCAUGGACUAUGAGCCCCUGAACCAGUUACUGGUGUGCAUGGUGUGUGGGGAGCUGCAGCAUUCACACACGCUGGAGGGUGUGCGGGCCCACAUCGAAGAGGCACACCCCGACACACUCAGCCUGGGUCCCUGCGAGCGCCAGCGCAUACGGGAGGCCUGGGAUGAGCAGGUUUCUGUCCGUGAGCGCUUCUACAGCAGCCAGCUCCAGCAGCAGGGCGCUGACAUGGGAGGAGAUUUUCAGGAGAAUGGCGUCCCAGCUGAAGUAGAAGUCCUUGUUGGUCUUGAGGACUUCACAGAUGCAAAAAACGGGAAGUCGUCAAAAAGCAAAAGUAUCAAAAGAGUCUAAAAGCCCAGAACGUCUAGUUGGAAAGAAAAACAAAACCCAGGGACAGCAUGCAGAGCAAUGGAGAGGAUGCAAGAGGGCCUGGGUACUCCUUGCACCAAGCAAAGACGCAUGCUGAUUGAAAGAGUGCAUUUGUAGUUGUUUCACUGACUUUUGCUUUCUUAAAAUAUAUCAACCAAACAGGGCUUAACUGAAAUUUGGAAACAGAGAACCAUGGAAAUCAUCUUUUUUACCUCAUCCACACUGGGCAGGAAACAAGGUUGAAUGUACAUACAAACUGUACUUUGGACUUUUAGACUACAAGGCACAACAGUUACGUACCUCUGCAGGGACAUGGUGCCAUCCACAACAACAAAAUGUGUUCACUUUAACAUGAGAGAUAUAUACGGUAUACUGUACGAUUGCUUGUUAUUUCACAGCAUUCUGCUUUACGCAGAACAUGUUCACAUUGUUGGUAAAUCUGAGUCUCGGCUGACUCCUCGUUCGUAUCCUUCUGCUUAGAGAACCCAUAGUUUUGUUUUGUUUAUCAGAUUGAAUUUUGUCCAGUAGCAAGCAUUUUAUAAAGUUUACAUUUUGGUUAUUUCAAAUUGUGCAAGGACUCUUUACUUGCCAGUAAUGUUGCCAAGGCUGUGGGGUCAAAUAAGUUCCCCAUAGGGUGAAAAGGGUUAUGUGUUAAUGCGGGCUGCUUUCAGAAAGCUAGAUAGCCCCUGGGUAAAUGUGCAAUAAUACUAGUGCCCAGGUGUUGGCUUAUGGUUGUUAGUGUUGUGCCUGUUGUAAUUACUGGUGGUAUACUCCAUGAUGCAAAAUUAACAAAUGCGCACAAAGGGUGAAAGAUAAUUUAAUAACGAUAUCAGGAUAUUUAUAUUCCUUUACACAUACUGGAUAAAUUGGAAAAGACUAUGAUGUCUGAAAUGAAUCAACAAUGUCAUUUAGAAAUAUUGUACAGUAAUUGCAGAAUGCAUAUAAAUCAUUUAUUCAUGUAUUAUAUAUUGCAAAAAUUCUGUAUAGAGUAUUGUAGGUAAUGAAGCUGCCUUUUAUAUGAAGCACAAGGCAUGUGAUGAGACCUGUGAUAUAAAAGGAAUAUAACAGCCUCCUGCUCUGUGGAUUUAGGUGUCACAGUUGUUUUAUAAUUUAUAACAGGUUUAAUAACAGACAGUUCGUUAAACUGCAUCGAGGAUAUCUAGAGCCAAAUGGGAUAACGGUGGUGUAGGUUUUUUAGACAUUUUUCUGUCUUCCAUUUUGAAUAUGACCAUGAUAUCCAUGGUAAAAUUUACAUUAGCUUUUGCUACUGAUAUGCUCCAAAACAUCCCGUUUGGUGUAACGGAGAGGAUGAGCUCAGUUAAGGCAUUACAUCCCAGUGUAACCCCGCUUAUUCCAUCUCUGAGCUGACACACUUCCCCAUAUGUGUUGUUCAUGCACGAGAAUUAUGUAAUUCUACAUAAGACAACACUCAUUUUUUGGUGAGAAAUCAACAGAACUGUCACACCAAGCACCUCUCACCACUCACCAACCACUGUGUGCCAUUCACUGCUCACACAGCCCUGAAGUACUGAGUUCACAAUCACAUUCAUCCGACAGUUUUUGCCAUUUUUAUUUUACAUCACUGGAACAUCAUCUACAUGACCUCCUCAUCUGAAAUUGUUUUACAUUGUGUUUUUAAUGGUAAUUUAUAAAGAAAUGUAUAUAUUUGUGUAAACAAGGUAUAUUUAACAUGAAAUAUCUAAAUAAUACUUUACAGGAAAUUUUCUUUCUGUGCUUGGGCUGUUCUUAUAUUUUUGGCACCAAGCACAUUUUCUCAUUGGUAUGUCAUUCUGGAAUAUACAUACUGAAUGCGAAUUCUGCAUGAAUCAGUUACAGACCUGAGCAUUAGCUACCAUUCAUGAAAAUCUCUGGGACAAAUCUGUGUAUAGUGCAUUUUUAUGAAUAAAAUCCCACUGGGCACAGUUUGGUGUCCAGUACAGGUAUGAUGAAAUCAUUAACCCAAUUUACCAGUCAUCUCUAAUACUGAACGUGGAAAACAUCCAUUUCUGUAGUUAUACUUUGAUCUUAAAAGGUGUUAAAAAUAGAUUACAUUAAAGCACGUGUUGGAAAGUCAGUUGAUGUCUGGCGAUUUUAAAAAGCUCAACAUUCAGUGUACUGUUACAAAGUCUUAUGCUGUCAUAGCAAAUAUAUUGCAUUAGGUUGUCUUUCCAUUGCUGAGAAUGUAAUUCCCUGUUUGAACUGGUUCCUUUUGACAAGGAGAAAUAUUUAAAGAUUUUUUUCAUACAUAAUAAAG